GCUCCUUUGAUAGAAAUUGUAAUUGAAGCUCUCACUCUCACCGAACCAAACUACCCCUAUAAUGUCCACCUUACGCUGCCUCGUUUCCACCGCCGCCACCGUUCCCCUCACUCCGCCGUCGGCCGGCGCCGGCGCCCGCCGCGGCGGAGCAGCGCUCCCGCUUUCCCGCGACGCCGCCGCCGGAGCCCGAGAUCCCAUCUCUUCCGUCCGAAAACCCUGCCCCCUCCGCCGCCGCGGUGCCGCCGCCGCCGUCGCCGCCGCAUCGUCGGAGAGCGCACACCAUCCUCCCCAUUCCGACGUCGGCGUAAGGGAGGAUAAGUUCUUUGAAGUGGAGCUUAAAGUCCGAGACUAUGAACUUGACCAGUAUGGAGUUGUUAACAAUGCAGUCUACGCUAGCUAUUGUCAGCAUGGUCGUCAUGAGUUACUUGAACAUGUUGGACUCAACGCUGAUGCGGUAGCUCGAAGCGGAGACUCAUUGGCACUUUCAGAGUUGCACCUAAAAUUUUAUGCACCUUUGAGAAGUGGUGAUAGGUUCGUUGUGAAGGUGAGGGUUGCUGGCAUCUCAGGGGUGCGUAUAUUUAUCGAGCACUUCAUUUAUAGGCUUCCGGAUAAAGCGCUUAUUUUGGAAGCUACAGGCACAGUGGUUUGCCUCAACAAGAGUUAUCGGCCCACUCGAAUACCGUCAGAGUUUUCAUCGAAACUAUUGCAGUUUUUCUCAUCUGAGGAUUCAUAGUGAUAUUUUUUCUGUUUCCAAUUAAAUGGAUAAAGCUUGUAAAAUUUUUGGAAUUUCUAUUUAGAUAACUUCAUGGAUUGUUUUCAAUUUUUUUCUCCAACUGUUGUUGAGGAGUUUUUAUAUUGGUUUGUAACCAUGUUGUAAUUCAUAGAGCGGUUACUUUGAAUGUUCAGAGACAAAUAGCGAUCAGGUUCAAUAAAUCUCUUUGUCAACGCGAUAAUCAACUCUAUUAAUGACAUUAUUCUUUUUCAUUA